AUUGAAUAGAAAUACUCGCCCUCUUUUUAAAAUUACUACGGAUUAACACCCAUUUACUGAUUUAUUUACAUUCCCCUGCUGCAAAUAGAGCUACUAUAAGCCCGCUGUGCCUACAUGCUGCUGUGUGACUCAUUUUCCACUGACCCGUACACAAUCUUUUCCUGACCUUUGCACACAGAGAUGAGGAUUACAAACUCUAAGGUCUUUAUCCUGAUGUUAUAUUUGCUGACUGCUCCACCUAUGGAUGCAUAAAUUAUCACCACACACACAUACACACGCACGUCCUCACCACCAUUCCUAAUAUUCAGAUGACAGGGACUUUUCUCAACUAUUGUUCAAAAUGCCACAUGGGUUCUCUCAGGCUUUCCACUGCUCUCCUACCAGGAAAAGUUAUGGCUGCAGGAAUUAAGAGAUCAAGAUUAAAUGGGCAUGUGAGCUCUGCUACUCAUAGGAAUAACUCUUAUAGCUUUAGUGUACAGUAAGUAUUUAAAUAGCUCACAUUAAUUUAUGGACUCUAUACAUCAUCAGAAAGGAUUGUUUUUGUUGUUGUGAGUCAGGGAAAUUUCACAGCAGAGAUUAAUGCAUAGAACAGAGAGCCGUAUAUUCCUCUUGUUGGGAUCAUACCGCUCUGCAGUGAUGGAAAUCCCCCCCAGCCCCCCAUAAUACCUUCACUGAUUAUUAGUGUUGCUGUUUAGAUGAAAGUGACUCACUGUUUGUGCUCACCAUCUGUCAGUUCAAGCCAUUUUCCAGCUUCAUGCAGCACCGCCACCUGUUUGCCGGCUCCACUCUGUGUGUUUGUGAGCUCAAUUCACCGAAGCUGUGAAUCCUCCCACCUAAACCUGGACAGCUUGGCUUACAACGCCGUCACCGAGUCCGCUCUCAGUCAGCAGGCUGGACUGUGCUGCUAGCAACAUCACACCCAAAACAAGAUUUAGGGAAUUGUCGUUUAGUGUGUUUUUAUGUACCAACACUUAACUCUUCUACGUAAUUGUAGUGUUAACUAUUGGUCUGACAACACUCAAGUUUACCAGUAUUUUAUUUCUGGUAUACUUGACUAAUAAACGUCAACAAAUAUUUCUUUUGGUUGAAUGACACCUGAACUUGUCUUUACCAUUUUGAAGAGUGGAUAAGGGAAAUGGAUCUCAGAGGAAACAUCCCUUGUGUUUUAUCUACAGUAUGUCUCUGCACCAUCAAAUUUCUUUAUAAUAACUGCAAAACCUCCUCCUGCAGAAACCCAUUUAUCACCCAAUUAUUUCAUUUAGGCAUGUGGCAGCAGGGAAACACUUAAAACAUGCAGGACAGUGUUGAUAGAAUUGACUAGCACCUUCCCAAACUUUCUGGUAAGCCAUAAAUAGGUCAAUGUAAAAAUGAGAAAUGCUUUUGUUGCAAUUAGCGGUAGUGAAAUGAUUAGAGAAACAUGGUAAAAGCAAUUUCUGAAUGUGGGAUUUGUUUUGAAAACAUAUAUAUAUCCUUUAAUGGCUUCACAGCACACGUAUGGAGGAUGAAAGGCCUCUUUGCCAUCACACAAAUUUUUUUUCUCGCCUCAGAUUCUCAAUAAGAGUCAACUCAGGACUCUAGCUGGGCCACUCCAAAAUAUAUCUGUUAUAUAAAUAGAUAUAAGCUUAUGGAAAGAUGGUAAAAUGAAAACUUCAAACCAACAUCUGCCAAAAGAAAUCUGUGCUUUUAAUUUUUCACGUUUAGAGACCCAUAUAAGGUUGUUUAGUUGACCAAACAUUUUUUUGAUCUGGUUGCCUCCAUCUUUUGUGAGCAGGUUUGCACUAGAAGGGAAUAACUCUUGCAUGACACACAUUGUUAAAUUUAAAGGCACAACAACUCACAUAUUGUCAAACCAAUCAAGAGAACAGGUUGGGACUAACAGAAGAUGUGAGGAAGAGGAUGAAAGGUGGGGGUGCAUGGGAGUAGGCUUCAAUCAUUUAGUGCUUAAAUCUUCUGCACAUGUGUGGCAUAGCAGAGGAUAUAGCAUCACACAAUGCAAGCUGCUGUUGAGGCAUUGGGAGGGGUCCCUGGCAUAGACCCCUGCUUCCCUCAGAGGCAGGUCACAGAGGACAGAUGAUGCCGUCUCUAUAAAGACAUGAACUCAACCUACAAAGGUGCGCACUCUGGCAAAAAUAUAAAUUAGAAGAGGAGAGUACCGCUUCCUGAAGAAGACAUGGAAGGAUUGUUAUCAGCCAGCGAAUCUUUUCUACCAAAGAAUUCGGAAAGCAGAAGGAAAGAAAUCAUGAGUCAUAAUGAGAAACUGCAGAGCAAGGAAGGAAUGACUGAUCUGGCUUUAACAGACCAAGAUAUGAUGACAAGAGAGGGUCUGGACAGGAGGAAUGUCUGGGAGCCGAGCGUUUACUAUCCCCUGGGAAAGGAGUCCUUUCAUUUUGUUGGUCAUGAAGUCAACAUCCGGGAGUCUACGGACUCAUACGGAGCUCUGAUUUGGCCCGGGGCAAUAGCUCUCUGUCAGUUCUUAGAAAACAACCAGCAACAAAUGAACCUGAUGGACAAAGCAGUGCUAGAGCUCGGAGCUGGAACUGGCUUACUCUCCAUAGUGGCAAGUUUGUUAGGUGCCUGGGUGACGGCUACUGAUCUGCCUGACAUCUUGUCUAAUCUGUCCUUCAACCUUCGCCGGAAUACCAAGGGGCGUUCACGCUACAUCCCUCAGGUGGCUGCCCUCUCCUGGGGCCAGGAGCUGGAGCGAGACUUCCCCUUCCCGUCCUACCGCUACGAUUAUGUGUUUGCAGCUGAUGUGGUGUAUCACCACGACUUCCUUGAGGAACUGCUGAGCACUAUGCUUCACUUCUGCAGACCAGGCAGUGGGACAACCCUGCUUUGGGCGAACAAAAUUAGGUUCCCGUCAGACCUGAGGUUCGCAGAGUACUUUAAGAGCCGUUUCAACACAACACUGCUUGUUGAGGCACCGCAGGAGAAUGUGUGGAUAUACAAGGCCACAGCAAAGGAGUGA